UUUGGAGUCUGAAGGUGGACAAUGUGAGUUAGGUUCUAUGGUAUCAUAUCAAGUACUCAAGAGGGUGGCUGUGGGUGGAGCAGUGGCAGUUAUUGCAACAGGCCUUUACCUUGAAAGGAGAAUUCAACUGAAGUUUUCUAAUGAGGAAUAUUUCAGGAAGUCUAUGAAGAUGCUACGAGAGUCAGUGUCUGCCAAUAUAGUGAUGGACCAACCAAUUUGGUCUGGUAGAGUGAAUCUGAGAGAUGAAUUCAACUAUGCAAAUGGUCUCAAGGCUAAAAUUGCCAUCCCAGUCAAAGGACCCAAGGACAGAGGAACAUUAUAUGUCUGGGCUGAGAGGCCAGACUAUAAGGAUGAAUGGACCAUCACUAGAUUAGAACUGGGCCUCAAAAGUGAACCAGAGAAACGUCUGCUGAUCCAUGAUCAUGCCAAAGCAUGACCUUUCUUAGUGUUGUGAAUUGUUUAUCAAAUCCCAUUAUGACUGACAUUC